AGAAGUUUAACAUACAACAAUUGGAAAAUAUUAUCAUCUAGAAAAAAGGGAGGGAGCUUAUUACCAUGGGAUCACCUUCAGGGAAAGGCAGUGACUAUGAUCACUCAUUCAAGAUAGUGUUGAUCGGUGAUUCUAAUGUCGGCAAGAGCAGUCUUAUUGUUAGUUUCAUUUCUGGCGCUGUAACUGAGCUUCCUAACACCAUUGGCAUGGAUAUUAAGAUGAAGCAGAUAACAGUGGGCGGGAAGCGGUUGAAACUUACAAUAUGGGACACUGCUGGACAAGAAAGGUUCAGAACAUUAACGAGCUCUUACUAUAGAGAUGCUCACGGGAUCAUUCUUGUUUAUGAUGUGACACAAAAACAAUCCUUUACCAACUUAGAAAACUUGUGGACUAAAGAAGUUGAGCUCUACUCCACAAACAAGGACUGUAUAAAGAUGCUUGUUGGAAAUAAAGUUGACAGAGAGUCUGAAAGAGCAGUGAGUAGAGAAGAGGGAAUGGAUCUUGCAAAACAGCAGGGGUUUUUGUUUCUGGAAUCUAGUGCUAAAACUAGAGAAAACGUGGAGAAAUGCUUUGAUGAUUUAGCACUCAAGAUGCUGCAGGAAUUAGAGAAGAAACGACAGGAGGAAUUGAAGCCAAAAGCCACUGCACCAGAACCAAAAUCGGUAGAGCUUAAACCACCGGAGAAACCGGCAACAUACACAGGGCCACCAGGUGGUGGUGGUGGUGGUGGUUGUUGCGGUUAAUUGGCUGCAACAAGGAGGUUCUUAUAUGAAAAAGUACAAUCACGUAUCAAUUAAAAAAUAAAUAAACAAAUGAAAAAGGCAUGAAAUGUAAACUUUGCCAUUAAAAAAGAUCAUGGACAAGAAAAACAAAUAUACAGGAUAAGUUGGCCUGGUUAAUUGUAAGAGAACAUCAUAUUCUGAGAAUGCAGGCACUCAAUUAACAUCCAGUUCCUUGUGUAAAUGUCAUCGCCUCUGCUUUUAUUGCCCCAUUUCCCCGUGCAAAAGAAGAAACAGUACCUUUGAACGAAUUAA